GCGGAGCGCGAAUAUCACUAUCGAAACUCGCGGCGCUGGGCGAAUUUUUUCCUUCGUUAAUAGUAAUUUUUAUUCGGUCUAUUCGUUUUUGGGGGAAUUUUUAAAUACGCUCAUCAUCCGAUUGGCCAAACCUUCGCUAAUCAAGUUUCAUUGACGGUGGCAAGGAUACGAUUAUCCCUCGCGGCGAAUAUCGAGAUCAAUCAACCCCGCCUCACAAUGGAGGUCAAUGUCUUGACGCUUCUUCUCAUGAUCGCAUCGAUGGGGUUGGCCAAAGCUACGAUCGGCAAUUGGGAGGGAUGUGGUGGUCGACUAGAACGAGCCUUGGACGCUCUGAGGAGGGACACGACGAGGAGGACGCGCCUCGAAGACGAUGAGCCCGAGUCGGGAAUCGUAUAUCAGCAAGUCUUACGCUCUGCACCACUGGAAAUGGUUGUGUCCCAGGUCAGCGUGAAGCUUCCGCAAGACUCGAGAGGUCGUGGAGGUCCUUGGGCACAGGUAGAACGCUGCGUAUACGAGCCAAGCAACAAUUCCCUGCAGACGCGACUAGUCUUCAGUGAUCUGACGGUGUCAGGGCGCAUAACUCUCCUUCCUCUUGAUUAUCGGGUCGCACUACCCGCGGAAUCUUGCAGGAUGACACUGCGAUUGCGACGCGCUGGAGUUGACUUCUUCACGAGCCCGAUCGCUCGGGGACGAGGUCAAAUGCGUAUUCGUACAGAAUCCAGUUUCCUUGAGCCCCGCUUUGCUUCCAUCUACGCUUUCGGAUGUCGACCGACCCGUAGUGAUAAACAAAUUAAACGACAGGACAAGUGGCCCCCACAGUCUACGCUUGUGAAUGGUCAACUGGCCCCAAAUCUUGUGAAAAACGUAGCUCCGGCGGGAAAUCCAACGGAGAACUAUGAGGAGGCGGAACCACGGGAAAUUUCUUCAACCACGACGAAGGACGACGCAGUCGUCGUCGAGAAGGAGAGCCGGAAAGCGCGUGCCCUGUUUCAAACGGAUGCACGACCCGGUAUCUGGCGUAGGAGUGACUGGAUAACUCGUUCGUCAUCGAAUAGACAACGAAGAGAAGUCGCUGACAUAACGCCACGAGACUUUGCUUUAGCCCUUGCAAAGAAGGCUCGUGCAUUGCUGAUAGAAGACGCGGAAUCCUUGUCGAAGGAUUCAGCGAGCGAAAUGAGUGCGAAGAGGCAAGUCAAGGCUGAUGGUUCGCAAGUUUCAAUUCAUAAGAAUGGAAGCGAUGUGGGUCACGGAGCAGCUACAAACUUACAGAAUAUCGAAGUUAAGGCAAAUUACAAACGCGAGACCACGGAGAUACCGAUCGUCGAAGAAGCACUGAGACCCAGAGAAUUGCUCCUAGAAGAAGACCUCGCGGAUGAUAUUAAUAUUGCAGUUGCGGACGAUUUCGAGGGAAGAGCUUGGCACGUGAGGGAAGGCGUAACCAGAGAAAUGGAAGACGUGUUUUUGAAAGGAGCUAGUCAGGCGUUGACGAGUUACAUCGAGAGGCAAUUACACCCAGCCAUUAAAGAAACGCUGAUGUUGUCGAUGGGUUACACCAUCAGUUAUGGAUAAUGAAACAAAUUAAAGCGCAUUCUUCGCUCGAUCGGCUGUGCGACGCGUCAGAAGCGGGGAGAUUAUCUGGAUGGAAAUUUUUUUAUUUUAUGCAGUGCAGGCCAUGGAAAAAUAGGGAAACCGGAAUAUCGUUGGCCAGUAGCCAUCGCAAUUCAACUCGUGACUUGAUCCUACGAUUCAUAUUAUCCACCCAUAAAUUAUGGUACGAUUCAGUUUUUGUGUGGUUUGAACAUUGGAAUGGACGUCAGAAAAGGAAAGAGUAUGUCCUCGCGUUUAACGCCACGAUGCCACGUCUGUGCGAUCUGUUUCAGAAAGACUUUAUUGACGGUUGUUCGUCGCGUAGUUUAUGCUUCUUGAAAAAUUUGAUACGGAGGCAAACAACUGAUUUUAUGCAUCGUGAUAUAGGUAGAGACGGAAUAUGAACGGAGUAAAGUGUAAUUUGACCAAUCUGGAGAGUGUAGUUAUUUAUUUAGAGUGCAUACAUCGGGUGCUAUUAUGUAUACUUUUAUGAUUAACAUAUUUUCGUAGCUUAAGUUGAGAAACAAGUAGCGUAAUACCUGCGCUGAUUCUAUAACGUAAGAGAUUAUCAAUUAUUAUUAAUAAUAAAUGUAUUAUUCAGAGUACACGUUAUACUGUUUUGUACAGUCAACUGAUCAUUGGCGAUUCUUCCAUAAAUCUUUGGUCGCUUGCAGUGUCAAAAAAAUGA